AUGCAUAAGGGAAUUCGAAGCCUGUCAGCGCCGCCUCCCGCCUUUGUGUGGCCUGGCGGCAUCGAAAGGCGAAGCGCUCGAGGGCGUCGAGGGGAACGGGGGCCCAGCGUGGCGGAGGAGGAGGACGACGAUGGCUUAUGGAGCGGCCGCCUCUGGGGAUGGGGAGCCCCUCGGAGAGGCGAGACAUGGCGGCAGAAAAACAAGCUGGAACUUUUGCCCCACCAUGCUCAGGAAGAGGAAGACACCACCAAAUUUAUCAUACUGACACUCCUCUCCAUUGCUUGCAUUUUGGGGGUCCUUAUGACUUCUGGAGUCAUCUACUGCCUCCGCCAUGGCUCUCAUCACAAACUAAAGGAGAAGUUGACAAGCCUAGGGUCUGACACCAGCUCGGAUGCUACUGCCACUUAUCAGGAAUUAUGCCGUCAGCGUAUGGCGGUGAAAACCUCAGAUCGUUCAGAGCCUCUACAUGCUUCUCGCAUUAAUAGCAUAUCUUCACAGUUUAGUGAUGGACCUAUUCCAAGUCCUUCUACUCGAAGUAGCACUUCAUCCUGGUGUGAAGAACCAGUCCAAUCUAAUAUGGACAUCUCCACUGGUCACAUGAUACUGGCCUACAUGGAAGACCAUUUGAAAAACAAGAAUCGUCUAGAGAAAGAAUGGGAAGCACUUUGUGCAUAUCAAGCUGAGCCUAAUGCAACUACCAUUGCACAUAAGGAAGAAAAUGUCCAGAAAAAUCGCUCUCAAGUUGUAGUAGCAUAUGAUCAUUGCAGGAUAUGUUUGAAAGCUGAAAACAGCCAUGACAACUCAGACUACAUCAACGCAAGUCCAAUUAUGGACCAUGAUCCUAGAAGCCCUGCAUAUAUAGCUGCUCAGGGUGCAUUACCUUCUACUGUCACAGACUUCUGGCAGAUGGUCUGGGAAAACGGCUGUGUUGUUAUUGUCAUGCUGACACCCCUUGCCGAAAAUGGAGUCAAACAGUGCUACCACUACUGGCCAGAUGAAGGGUCAAAUCUCUACCAUAUCUAUGAGGUAAAUCUGGUCUCUGAGCACAUUUGGUGUGAAGAUUUCCUUGUAAGAAGUUUUUAUUUGAAAAACCUUCAAAGCAAUGAAACUCGGACUGUAACCCAAUUCCAUUACCUUACCUGGCACGAUCAGCAAGUUCCUGCAUCCACAAGAUCCCUUCUGGAUUUUCGCAGAAAAAUAAACAAGUGCUACAGGGGUCGUUCUUGUCCAAUAAUUGUGCACUGCAGCAAUGGUGCAGGAAGAACUGGAACCUACAUCCUGAUUGACAUGGUUCUCAAUAAAAUGGCCAAAGGUGCUAAAGAAAUUGAUAUUGCUGCUACUCUGGAGCAUUUGAGAGAUCAGAGACCUGGAAUGGUCCAGACAAAGGAACAGUUUGAGUUUGCCCUGACAGCAGUUGCAGAAGAAGUGAACGCAAUACUCAAAGCGCUUCCGCAGUGAGCAGCCUGUGGUCUGUUAACUGGGGGUUCCUGGUGUGGCAGGGUGGUCUCUCUGUUUCAUUAUUCUUGGUCCCUGUGAAUGUUGUUGGAAACGUGACCUGAUCUUAAUUGUACGUCUGCUGUUGUAACCACAUAUUGAUUGGUUCCUUACAAAUUUCUAUUGCCAGUUCAAGUUCAACCGAGAAUGGGUAUAUUGUUCUUAUUACGAUAUUCCGAAAUAAUAAUACACCGAGACCUUAUGUGACCAGAACAAUCCCUCUACUUCUUUUACAUCAAAGAAGUCCUAAAUUUCACACUUGGAAUGCACGUGCACACCUUGUUCAUAGAAAAUAUACAUUGUUGUAGAUAAGCAGUGCAUUCAAUGUGUCUCUGGCAACAUAGUGUUAUGUUUCUGCAACUUUUCCAAAACUGUAUAAAAGGGGGGGGCUGUUUUUUUUUUUUUAAAGCAUAGAGGUUGUUCUUACAAAGGCCAAGCAAGCCCACAGUACAAUGCCCCAUGUUUUCAUAAAUAUGAGUCCUAUUUCGUAUAUAAAGAAACUAUGCCUUUCAUGCUGUGUCUUGGCAAGCUGAUGCUUUUCCUUUUUUUUGUUUUGUUUUUAACUUUUCAACUUUCUGUAAUGAAUAGAAGCAGAUCUUAAGCUCUAAGUUCUGGGACUUGCAUGGUUAUAACAGCUAUGGAGGAAAUGUCGGUCAUGUUAGCAGGAGCCCAAGUUUCCAAAAAGCACAACAAACUUUUAUUGUAUGUUGCUGCCCUAAUGGGAAGAAGGGAGGCAGAAUAAUUUAACCUCAACAGAUUUUUAAAAGCCCUCUGCUGACAGUUGUUGAAAGCUGAUUUUCUUUCUAUUUUUAUAACUUAACAUUAAUUUAUCUUUUUAAA